GAGCUCACAUCCAGUAGUGCAAAGUCAACAAAGUCCGCUACCCAGGGUGUAACGCCAAGAAAGUGAUUGACGGCACAAAGUAUCCAAUCAACCUCACUAGCGCAUCGGCAAACCACCAAGGGCGGAGUCUUUGUUAUACAGAAAAUAAACAUAAUUGGAGAUGAAAUGAAACGGCACCGCCUCUUGUAAAGCAUCACCACGUGACUUUCCUUAGCAACGGGUGGAUGUCAGCAGUCGCUGCGGAAAAAAAAAAAAAAAAAAGGUUUGCAGUAAGGAGAGUUUCUUGCGCAGAGCAGACCGUUGCUGAGAGGAAUUUUGACCUGUACGCCGCAGUUUUGUUUGUAGAAAUGUGUUUAUUUUGUAAGUAAGGGGAAUAAAAUACCUGAAAGUAUAACCCAUUUUCAUAAAUUAAAGGGCGCAGGCUUCAGAAAACAUGAGUCGCCCAAACCCCGGAAUACUUGCUGCCUACAACAGUCUAACGGAUAAACACCUGACUGGGUACUUCAGUAACACAAGAAUAAGGAGACAUCUUCAGAAAGUUGGACUGAUUACAAGACAUGGAAGAAUUGUACCAGACAAAGAGUACAGACAUAACAUAAUGAGGAGGGAUCAUCAAAAAUAUGUGCGAGAAUGUCUGGCACAAGCCAUCUUUCACAAGGUGCUUGACAUGGAGAGACACAAUCAAAUAGAGAUCAAAAGGAAAUUAGAAGAUUUUGAACGCAAAGAGCGGGUGCAGAGGAUCAAGGUGGAACGAUCAAAGAGAUGUGAUGAAGAUGUUGUCCCUUUACUCUCCCCACGACCACCAACAGCCCCCAGAAAUGGCAAUGUCGGUCACUCUGGACCAGAGGCCAGUCAGUCUGAAUCCUCAGAACCCAAGUCUGCUUCCCCUCGACCAUGCACUGCACCUGGAAAAAUACAAAGGCCUGUUCGCUUGCAGCCCAUACAGAGCAAUGGCACUGCAGCAUCAGCCAGAAGGACAUACCCAGGCUCCAGACAGACAGAACAUCAUUUCAUCUAUUCGCUUGACAGAGAGGCAAGGAGGCAUAUUACCUCGACAGAUUUUGCCAGUGGAAUCUCCCCUUACCGACUUCCAGUUAUUAACAAUUAUGUAACUCCAGUUCCACCUCCCCCCCAAAAAAGGGACCGAAGUUUUAAAGGAACCUCUAUUGGAGCGAGAAGGGGUAGAAGACUACGACCUACAACUGCACCAAAUGGAAUUGAUGAAACAAAGGAUUGUGCUAAAUUCCACAAGACGUCUGUGCACAGUAACGUUGCUGUCACCAUGUUGUAUUUUGGAAAGAGUGUUCAUUUGUCUCAUGAUGACACAGACUUUAGAGAUGAAGUGAAAGUUUACCAGCAGCACUGUGGUGGAGAAAAUCUCUGUGUUUACAAAGGAAGACUCGCAGAAGGAGAAACUUUUCAGUUUGUCUCCCGACGCCACCACGGUUUUCCUUUCAGUCUUACAUUUUUCCUGAAUACAAUGCAAGUUGAUAGGCUCAGUUCCUGCUGCGAGUUUAAACAUCGUAAAGGAGCUAGACUGGGAGGAAAACAAGGGCACUUUGGCAUUGUCAGUGUUGAAGGAGCUUCCCCUUGCUACAGGUGUAUCAUUGCUGUGGGUUUAGAUAAGAAACCCACCCCUCCACCAAAACGGAUAAAAAAGGAGGUAGAAACAGAGGAGUCGACUAGAGAUCAGGGUAAAGAAGACAAGAGCUGCAGUGACGAAGAGAUGCUUAAAGAAGAGAGCAGAUCAAAUUCCUCCUUGAGAUCUCCACACAAUGAAGAAGAUGUUGAGGAGGAAAAUCCAAUGGAAUUAGAACCCAAAGAAGAGAAUGAGAUACCUGAAGUUAAUGAUGAUGAAAAAUUGAAGGAUGAAUAUGAUGACGAUUUUGAAGUAGAUGAAGCGAAGCCUGAUGCAAAAGAAGAGAACAGAAAAGAGGCUGACAUGAAUGGAAGGUCAUCAACCCCCUCUGAUGAUGAAAGGGGUCAUUCUGACACAGAGGAGACCAAAUAUAAAGAGAAACAGAAGCACCAUUCUGGCAGUGAUGAUGAUAGAGCCAGCUACUCUGACAGUGAGGAGGAGGAUAGCAGACAAGGUGGCAGGAGAGCAAGGUCAUCUGACUCAUCUAGUAGCUUGUAUUCUUCAAGCAGCAGCAGAAACGAUUCAGAAAGUGAUAGAGAAGAGGCAAAAGAUGAUGUGAAGAAAGAAGAAAUCAAAACAACCUCCAGUUCUGUAUCCAUUACUGAACCAAGAAGUGAAUCCGAGGCAGCAAAUGACGUGGAGGACCAGGUAAAAAACGAGGAGGCUGUAUCAGACAAUGACAAAGAACAACAUACCCAUGAAGAGGCAAAACAAAGAGAGGUUGCUGAAAAUGCAGAAUCCAGCGAGCAGGUUUCUACAGAGUACCAACAAACUGGUGAGGUAGAAAGGGAGAGUGCUGCACUCACUGCUUCUGAAAGAAAUGAAGCUGUUGAACAAACAGACAACAUGGAACGGCCAGGGAGUGCAAAAGACAAGGAUGGCAUUACAGAUUCAAAACUAGAGGCUCAAACCAAGACAGCUAUUUUUGCUGAACCUGCUGAAGCUGAAAAACAGGGUAAUGCCAAGUCAGUAAAGGAGAAAAUUGCCGAUGCUAUAAUAAACGAGGCACGUUGCAGUUCUGAACCAGAACCAAGUGACUCCAGUACUGAUGAGGAUGAUGAAACUACAAGCACAGCAAGAAAACCAUAUAUAAUACAUAUUGGUACUGAAGCGGAAGAUGCUGUAGCCUUUUCAUUAAUGCAGAUGAAAAAGGAAGAAGAAUCAGCAGUAAACCCUGAAGAUGCACUUGUUAAAGAUGAUCAAACUGACUUGGUUAAAGACACUGAAAUGAAAGAAGAGGAACCCCAGGAAGAAGCUCAGAAAGCAACACAAUCUGUAGGAGAUAAUCAUCAUAAGGAGAAUAAGACAGAAGAGACAGAGACAGAUCCCGAAGCAAAAGUAGAUGAGAUUGAGCCUAAGGUUAAACUAGGUGAGUCUGGGGCUAAUGUGGAGCCUGAGACAAAGACAGAAGAGACAGAGCCUGAGGCUAACAUAGAUGAAGUAGACAGUGACGCUAAGACAGAACAGACUGAGCCUAACACAGUGGAGGCAGAGCCUGAGGCUAAGACAGAAAAGAAAGAGCCUGAGGCUAAGACAGAAAAGACAGAACCUGAGGGUAAGAUGGAGACAGAGCCUGAGACUAAGACAGUGGAGGCAGAACCUGAGGCUAAGGCAGUGGAGGCAGAGCCUGAGGCUCAGACAGGAGAGACAGAGCCUGAGGCUAAUACAUUGGAGGCAGAGCCUGAGGCUAAGACAUUGGAGGCAGAACCUGAGGCUAAGGCAGUGGAGGCAGAGCCUGAGGCUACAACAGACAAGACAGAGCCUGAGGGUAAGAUAGAAACAGAGCCUGAGGCUAAUACAUUGGAGGCAGAGUCUGAGACUAAGACAGUGGAGACAGAGCUUGAGGCUAAAACAGUGGAGUCAGAAUCUAAGGCUAACACAGAAGCAGAGUCAGAGUCUAAGACAGAAGAGGCAGACACUGAGACACUGAAGGAAGAGCCUGAUGCUAAGACAGAAGAAACUGAGACUAAAGCAGUAGAGAAAAAUCCUGAGGGUAAGACAGAAUUUGAGGCCAAGACAGUGGAGGAUCAGCCUGAAGCUAAGAUGAAAGAAACUGAGACUAAAAUAGCAGAGGAAGAAUCUGAGGGUCAGGCAGAAGAGACACAGACUGCGGCAAAUGUAAUGGAUGCAGAUCCUGUGUAUAAAGAGACAGAACAGACUGAGGCUGAAGUAGUAGAGUCAGAGGCUGAGGCUAAGGCAGGGGAGAACGACCCUGAGCCUAUGACAGUGGAGGCAGAGCCUGAGGCUAUGACAGUGGAGGUAGAGCCUGAGGCUGAGACAGAAGAGACAGAGUCUGGAGCCAAAGUAGAAGAGACAGGUGUUAGAAGAGCAGCAGAGAUAGGAGAGUUGAUUCCAGAGAUAAAUGCGGGAGAAGUAGCACUUGGAGAUAAAGUAACAGAGAUGGAAAUUAAAGCAGAAGAAGGUAAAAGUGAGGUUAAUGCUGAAGAGGUUGGGACUGAAGGUAAAGCAGGAGAAGCAAUGCCCCAGGCUAAGGCAAAAGAGGAAAAUACUAAGGUCAAAGCAAAAGAGGCAGAGUCUGAGGCUAAUGUAAAAGAUGCAGAAGAUAUUAUCUCUGAGGUUAAAGUACAAGAGAUAAAAACUAAAUCUGAGAUACAUCUGGUUGAAGAUGCAGGAACUGGUGUAGCGAAGGCAGAAUCUAAAGUAGAAGAGACAAAACUAGAAACAAUGGUAGAGAUAGAGCCAGAGCCUGAGACAAAAAUAAAAGAGCAUGAGACUGAAGUAGAAAAUGCAGAGGCUGGGCUCAAGGUACAAGAGGGAGAGAGUGAGACUAAUGUAGCAAAGGCAGACACUGAUGCUAAAGUAGAAGAGGUUAAUGAUAAAGCAGGAGAGGCAGAGCAUGUGCCUGAGGCUAAAAUAGAAGAAAUCGAGUCUGGGGUAAAAACAGAGGAGACUGAAGCUAUAGCGGUAAAGGAAGAGCCGAAACCUGUAGAACAGGCUGAAACUGAUGCUAAAGUAGAAGAGGCUGAAACCGAUGCUAAAGUAGAAGGGACUGAAACCGAUGCUAAAGUAGAAGGGACUGAAACCGAUGGUAAAGUAGAAGGGGCUGAAACCGAUGGUAAAGUAGAAGGGACUGAAACCGAUGCUAAAGUAGAAGGGACUGAAACCGAUGCUAAAGUAGAAGGGACUGAAACCGAUGCUAAAGUAGAAGGGACUGAAACUGAUGCUAAAGUAGAAGAGGCUGAAACCGAUGCUAAAGUAGAAGGGACUGAAACCGAUGCUAAAGUAGAAGGGGCUGAAACCGAUGCUAAAGUAGAAGGGGCUGAAACCGAUGCUAAAGUAGAAGGGGCUGAAACCGAUGCUAAAGUAGAAGGGGCUGAAACCGAUGCUAAAGUAGAAGGGGCUGAAACCGAUGCUAAAGUAGAAGGGACUGAAACAGAUGCUAAAGUAGAAGGGGCUGAAACCGAUGCUAAAGUAGAAGGGGCUGAAACCGAUGCUAAAGUAGAAGGAACUGAAACCAGUACUAAAGUAGAAGGGGCUGAAACCAGUGCUAAAGUAGAAGGGACUGAAACCGAUGCUAAAGUAGAAGAGACUGAAACCGAUGCUAAAGUAGAAGGGGUUGAAACCGAUGCUAAAGUAGAAGAGGCUGAAACCGAUGGUAAAGUAGAAGGGACUGAAACAGAUGCUAAAGUAGAAGGGACUGAAACAGAUGCUAAAGUAGAAGGGGCUGAAACCGAUGCUAAAGUAGAAGGGGCUGAAACCGAUGCUAAAGUAGAAGGGGCUGAAACCGAUGGUAAAGUAGAAGGAACUGAAACCAGUGCUAAAGUAGAAGGGACUGAAACCGAUGCUAAAGUAGAAGGGGUUGAAACCGAUGCUAAAGUAGAAGAGGCUGAAACCGAUGGUAAAGUAGAAGGGACUGAAACAGAUGCUAAAGUAGAAGGGACUGAAACAGAUGCUAAAGUAGAAGGGGCUGAAACCGAUGCUAAAGUAGAAGGGGCUGAAACCGAUGCUAAAGUAGAAGGGGCUGAAACCGAUGGUAAAGUAGAAGGAACUGAAACCAGUGCUAAAGUAGAAGGGGCUGAAACCAGUGCUAAAGUAGAAGGGACUGAAACCGAUGCUAAAGUAGAAGGGACUGAAACCGAUGCUAAAGUAGAAGGGGCUGAAACCGAUGCUAAAGUAGAAGGAACUGAAACCAGUACUAAAGUAGAAGGGGCUGAAACCAGUGCUAAAGUAGAAGGGACUGAAACCGAUGCUAAAGUAGAAGAGACUGAAACCGAUGCUAAAGUAGAAGGGGUUGAAACCGAUGCUAAGGUAGAAGGGGCUGAAACCGAUGGUAAAGUAGAAGGGACUGAAACAGAUGCUAAAGUAGAAGGGACUGAAACAGAUGCUAAAGUAGAAGGGGCUGAAACCGAUGCUAAAGUAGAAGGGGCUGAAACCGAUGCUAAAGUAGAAGGGGCUGAAACCGAUGGUAAAGUAGAAGGAACUGAAACCAGUGCUAAAGUAGAAGGGGCUGAAACCAGUGCUAAAGUAGAAGGGACUGAAACAGAUGCUAAAGUAGAAGGGGCUGAAACCGAUGCUAAAGUAGAAGGGGCUGAAACCGAUGCUAAAGUAGAAGGGGCUGAAACCGAUGCUAAAGUAGAAGGGGCUGAAACCGAUGGUAAAGUAGAAGGAACUGAAACCAGUGCUAAAGUAGAAGGGGCUGAAACCAGUGCUAAAGUAGAAGGGACUGAAACCGAUGCUAAAGUAGAAGGGGCUGAAACCGAUGCUAAAGUAGAAGGGGCUGAAACCAGUGCUAAAGUAGAAGGGGCUGAAACCGAUGCUAAAGUAGAAGAGACUGAAACCGAUGGUAAAGUAGAAGGGACUGAAACCGAUGGUAAAGUAGAAGGGACUGAAACCGAUGCUAAAGUAGAAGGGACUGAAACCGAUGCUAAAGUAGAAGGGGCUGAAACCGAUGCUAAAGUAGAAGGAACUGAAACCGAUGCUAAAGUAGAAGAGACUGAAACCGAUGCUAAAGUAGAAGGGGCUGAAACCGAUGCUAAAGUAGAAGGAACUGAAACCAGUACUAAAGUAGAAGGGGCUGAAACCAGUGCUAAAGUAGAAGGGACUGAAACCGAUGCUAAAGUAGAAGGGGCUGAAACCGAUGCUAAAGUAGAAGAGACUAAAACCGAUGCUAAAGUAGAAGAGGCUGGUGCUAAAAUUGGAAAGGCAAAGCCUGAGGCUACAGUAGAAAAGGAUGAAGAUAAGGCAGUAGAAGGGGAGCCUGAGGCGAUAGCAAAAGAGCUGUAUGUUAAAGUAGAAGAGGCAGAUUUUAAAGCAUCAGAGGCAGAGCCUACAGCUAAAACAUUAAUGCCAAAGCCAGAUGAUAAAGUAAAAGAGACAGAGACAUUGGCUAAAGAAGAAAAGACACAGUCUGAGGUUAAAGUAGAAAAGGCUGAGGCUAUAGAAGCAGCAGAAUCAGAUUCUAAGCACACAGAGGCAGCAACUGAGACUAAGGCAGAAGAGGCAGAUGUUAAAGAAGCAAAGGCAGACCCAGAAAUAGUCACUAAGGCUAACGUAGUGGCAGAUCCAGAUGAUAAGGCAGAAUCUGGGACUGAAGAAGGAAAGACAGAGUAUGUGGAUAACACAAAAUGUGCAGAGUCUGGAGCUGAAGCAGCUGAGGCUAAAGUGAAAGAGACUGAAACUGGGGCAGAGUAUGAAUGUAAACCAAAAGAGGCAGAACAACAUGAAUUGGAAUCAGAGACUAAAGUUGAAAAUAUAGAAUCUGGGGACAUCAAAGAACAGUCUACUGAGAAAAAACAAAAUGAUUUUGAGACCAAAAAGCCUGAGAUUGUGGAUUAUGAAACAUCCGUAGAAGAAAUAAACAAAACUCUGGAAUCUGACAAAAACUUAAAAAGUGAAGAAAACAAGAUGGCCAGGUACUCUCCAGAAGAGAAGUAAUAUAAAAAAAACCUCUGAAAUCUCCCACUACAGACACAAGGUUGAUUACCAAGAUUUGUUUUCUGACUGAGACACAGAGGAAGAGUUGGUGUAUUCUUCAAGCACAAUACUCUUAUGGAAUAUGGAUUAUUAUUGCUCAAAAAACUUUGACCAGUUUUUAAACAUGUUCAGCUGAAGCAAACUCAUUACACCAAACAUUUAAAUUUAGAAUAACUUAUUUUCAUUUAUUUUCUGAAAUACAAAGUGGCUAUGAAAUGUACACAGUAAGAUAAUUUGAAAGCAGUAAAUAAGUCGAAGGCUUAAAAUCAAUUGUCACAUCUGAUGUGAAUCCAAAUGAUGUAUUUCUGUCCUUGGGAAAAGUGUCAGUGAUUAUGAACACAUUUAUUACCUGACACCAAAAUGUUUACCUCAAAAUAGUUGGAUAUUGUACAUAGUUUCUAUAAAUGUAAAAGUUGCUAUUUAAUUUUUUUUUGUUAUCUAAGGUGUUCAAUUUGUAGCCAUUUUAUACCAUUAGUGUUAUGUAUUUCUUUAUUCCUUAUCAAACGUGUUAAGACUGCAUGGAAUAGGAUCCUUGAAAGCUGAUAUUCCUCUGUACAGCUUGACUCAUACUGGACAUUGGAAACUAUAUAUAUGAAUCAAUCACUACGCUACUGCAUCCACAUGAUACUGUACCGAUAUGAAUACAACAACAUAGUUUAAUGAUCACAUUUAUUUUAUUUGUGAUUUUGCUGUGGGGGGAAAAUGAUUUGUUUGUUGUGACUUGAUCAAGAGUGAAACUGAAUGAAAAACUUGAAUUAGAGAUUUUUGCCCUUUUCUUCAAAAUUGCAGGAAGGUCAAAGCUGUCAGUUUUUUUUUUUUAUAAAUAUUUUGCACUAAAUAGCACUUUUUACCUGUAAUAUUCAGAGACAAAUACACUCAAUUAUGUGCACUUAUGCCCUUAAUCUAUAGGCUCUACAACUCAAUAAGAGUAAUGUAUUUUUAUAUGUUUUAAUUGUUUAACUGAAGGCUGAAGUAUAUCAUCAAAAGCAUUCUAUACCAAAACAAGUAAUUAAUGUGCAUUUACUGUGCAAUAUUCUGCCUUAGAAACUUUGAGGGGUGGUUACCUGAGUUUCUGAAUGUAAUUGAGGUUAAUUAUUCCCUUUUCCUUUGUAACAGUAACCCGUUUGAAAAAACUGUGUUUCUGAUAGAUACUGUUAAUGUAUUUAUUGAUCAACAUUAAAAUAGUAAUAUAUGAGAUGCAUUUAUUCAUUUUUAUAUUU